UUCGUUCUGACAGGAACUAGUAAGCUAAAUGACAGAUGACAGAUGAGUGACAGCAAGUAUAGCAACAAUAGUUUUGUAAUAUUAAUUUUUGAAUAGCACAUAUUUCAUAAGCAACAAAUAAUAACAAUUUGCUCACAUUUAAGGAUUCGUAGUGUUGGCAGAAAUUUCGUAUAAAUAGUAGUCAAUCAGACAUAAAAAUGUCGCGGGCUUCAACACGAUUUGAUACGAAAAAAGUGAACUCGGAAUUAGUUACUUUAACGUAUGGAGCAUUAGUGGCACAAAUGAUAAAAGAUUUGGAUAACACAGAAGAUGUAAGUAAACAACUGGAACGAUUAGGUUAUAAUAUGGGUAUCAGAUUGAUUGAAGACUUUCUCGCAAAAACAGGAACUGGACGUUGUCUUGAUUUAAAAGAUACAGCAGAUAAAAUUCAGAGUGCUUUUCGGAUGUAUUUAGGAGUACAACCAAAUGUUGCUAAUUGGAGUGCAGCUGGAGAUGAAUUUUCGUUCAUUUUAGACUCAAAUCCUUUAACUGAUUUAGUAGAACUUCCAGAUGAACUAAAAAAUUUAAAAUAUUGUAACAUAAUUUGUGGUGUAAUUAGGGGAGCCCUUGAAAUGGUGCAACUUGAUGUUCAAAGUUGGAUUGUGCAAGAUCAACUAAAGGGAGAUCAAAACACAGAAGUUAGAGUGAAGUUUAUACGAAGACUGGAAGAUGCAAUGCCAGCAGGAGAGGAUUAAAUAAAAAAAAUGCAACUGUAAAAAUUUUAAAUUUCAGUGCAAUGUUUGAAUUGUACAGCAUUUUCUAUAUAUUUUGCUAAAGCUAA